UGCAGUGUUUACAAGUGCAGUUUUAUUGAAAUUCAGCUCGCAAAGAUGGCAAUCGCAUUCUACAUCCCGGCAAUCGAUGACGAAAUCGAGAAGCAAUACCAGCUGCAAAUGCAGCAGCAUCAGCAAUUACUGAUCGAUCAGCAGCAGAACCAGCAAUAUUCGCCACCACCGACUCCGACGGGUUUGACCCCGCCGCCUACUCCACCGCUAACACCGACGAUGAGCCAGGUCAGCAUCCACCACAAUCGUUACCAUCUGGUUCAGGCCUUCCACGAGAUUCUGUUCCGUCACGCCCAAGAAAAUAGUCCCACUCGAACCCGUUGCUUACUGUGCAACAAGCUGUACUACCUCCUCCGGAAAGUGUAUUAAAAUGUGUUCCUCCAGUUCCCGCCAAAAUCAAAUCAGUUCAAACGCAAACAAACUGAGACUCAAAUAU